AUGCACGAUAUCUUUAAUUGUGCUAUCGUGAUUAUUACGAUCAAUUCUUAUGGUGCAAAUCAGUUACUCGCAAUUUCUCUAUGUCGCAAUGAAGCAGAAGCAGACUAUGCCUGGGCGUUUCAACAGUUUAAGAAUCAAGGAUUUUAUAGUCCGGAAACAAUUGUUGUUGAUAGAAACAAAGCUCAAUUUAAUGCUCUAAGUAAAUCCUUCAAGAAAGCAAAUAUCGUUUUUUGUUUAUGGCAUAUUAUUAGAAAUAUUCAAUCUUGACUAAGUGCUGCUGAAAUUCAGUGAGACAAAUUUGCAGCAUAUUUUUAUGAUCUUUAUGAAGCCAAAACUCUUCAAGAAUUCAAGCAAAGAAAAAUUGCACUGCUGAAUACAUUUCCUUUACUUUCUAAUUCUCAGCCAUUUUCAAAUUUAUGCAAACAAAGUAAAAAUUGAGCAAGAUAUUAUACAAAUGCGAUAUUCACUAUUGACAUAAAAACAACAAGUAGAUCUGAAAGUAUGAAUGCAAGUUUAAAGCGUAUAUGCAAAAGGAUUAAGCGGAAUUUUGACGUUAAAAUACUUAUGGCUUUUGAUGAAAUAUUAGAAAAGGAAACUUAUCAUCUUGAAUAUAGGACAAAAAAGCAUUAUGGGAAAAAGAAUUGCUCAUCAAAAUCAAGCUAUGCAUCUUUCUUUUCUCAAUUUUAUACUGAUUUUUGUAUAGCACAUAUUGAAUCUUCCAUUAAUAAAUUAGAGUAUUGCAAAAUAAUACAUCUUGAUAAGCAGAAAUCAAUUAUAGAAGAACAAAAUGAAUUUUCAAGCAACCAAUAUGAUUUAAAUAUCAAAAAAAUAAUUUGCUCUUGCAACAAAUACAUAAGAUAUAAAAUUCCUUGCGCUCAUAUAAUCUAUAUAAAUAAUGUGACAGGGACAGAAUGAAUAAAUUGUAUUGUUAAUCUCACCUCCAGGAGAUGAUUGCUGGAUGAUUAUUUGCAUGUGUCUAAUAGAGAAAUUAUUAAGCAGUUGAGAAGCUCGAUUACAGUUAAGAGAAAGCAUAGCGAAGAUGAAGAAGGAACUAUAAGAAUAAGAUAUUAG